CCGGGUUUCCUUUAUGAUGUAGGGCUCUCCCGGGCGCGCUGCUCAGACGCCGCUGGGUCGAGGCUGCUGUCGGACGGACGCCGCUCGCUGCGCCUUUGCUCGCUCUUCUUCUUCUUCUUCUUCCUCCUCCUCAUCUUCUUCCUCCUCCUGCUGCUGCUCCUCUUGCCGCCGCCUCCCUCGCCUUCCUCGCCGCCCGAGGAGGAGGAGGCUCAGCCCGCUCGGCCCCCCGAAACCAUGUCCGAGAUCAUGCCCUACAACGACGACAAAGUGGCCCACUAUGGCCCCGACGCCGAGGUGGGAGACCUCUCCUUCAGCUGCCGCCUCCAGGACACCAACUCCUGGGGGAACCAGUCCAAGCGGCCCCCCAAACUGGGACAGAUCGGCAGGGCCAAGAGAGUGGUGAUCGAAGACGAUAGAAUAGACGAGGUCUUGAAGGGAAUGACGGACAAGUCGCCCUCCGGGGUAUAAAUCCGGGAAGAGCCGAAGGCGCCCGCAGAGCGAAAAAAUCCCUGAAAUUUUUAGCACUUUUGGCUGCGCAUGUUUGUUGGGACUGUGGACCACAAGGAAAGCCAACGGAAGCAGAGAAAGAAAGAGAGAAAGAAAGAGAAAGAGAGAGAAAGAAAGAUGAGGCUGCUGGCAACACCCUCCACCCCCAACGCCGCUGACCCCCAAACCCGGCCAGGGAUCACUUGACAAAUGGGGGGGACAACGCACCAUCUCCACCUCCGACGGAUGGCCAGCCGCCCAGGGACGCCCAGAGACUUUGACACCCAACUCGGCCCUGCAUUUUGACGAGGCCCGGCCCCUGUUCCAAGACCCACCCUGGAAUAAGAAGGCGGGCGCUUUCCCGCCUUGGGGGGCCCUCCGUUUUGCACCAGGCGCCCAAAGGGUCCCUUUCAGCGCCCUGGCUGCGGGGCCACCCCCAAGCAGGCCCCUUCCUCCCCCUUCCCCGCUCCCCCUUGAGCUGAUAACGCUGCUUGUUUCCAUCCCCUAAAGCGCAAGUCCUUUUCUCAGCCCGCCGUAGCAACACCACCUCCGCAGACCCCCUCUUUUCCUCGGGCGACCCCCAUCAUGCCACGAUGACAAAGGUGCUGAACACCCCUUUUCAGAGCUCUCCCGAUGCUCUCCGCUUGGAAGGGGGAGGGGGUCUCCUGUAGCGAUGCACUUUACACCUUUUCCCCCCCCGGCCCUGUAGCUGACACUUGCGUAGGCGCAUCCCCUUAUAUACAGACACCCCCAGACCCGCCACACGCUUCUCUGAGUAUAACGGUGUCGUUGUGUUUGCAGUCAUUGCUUAUGUCUUUCCGACGGACAGCCGGUCCACCACACGCGGCGUCCCGUCCCUCGGCCCACCCGAAAACCCAAUCCGUUUGCAAAAUACCAGCAGUUUGGAAGCAAACCCAAAGCCAGCAGUGCUGAGUGGAAGACGGAGAGGUCCUGAACCGCGGAUGGACUAUAUAACAUUCAAAGACAGUGAUUGGUUUUGCUGUCAAGAGACAUUUUUGCUCCAUCUUUUUUGCAUGAGCUUCCUGGUCUUUGGUGCCACGUCUUGGUGCCACUAGUCAUCCCACUAUGGCACGCUUCUUUUUAAACAGAAACUCCUCAUAUUUGUAUUUUUAUAUCUGAAUAUUUGUUAACCAACAAUCUGCUAAUGUCUACUGUCAAAACGUUGCAUCAAAAGAUUGUUUGUGUUUUUUCGUUCCCCCAUAAAGGAAAGGCAGAGAACGGUUUUUAUAAGAUGGGUUUCCCAAAGGAAGGCAGAUCACGUUGAAAUAGUUGGCUCUUUUAAUUCUAUAUCAGUAUUGGACAGGACUUCUUGAAUGUGUUUCCGGUUUUGCACACAUCAUUGUUAACAAGAAAUGUAUUUUAAAAAAAAGUCUUAUACUGUGAUCAAUGGCUUUGUUGAUGGACUUCGUAGGAACAUGAUGAAUUUAGAAACAAAAAAAAUACCUAUUGCACUGUUUAUGAAUGUGUUCAGAUAACUUGCUGGUUAUUUGAUGCCUCUUGAUUCGGAGGCGAUGUUCAGAGUUGUUUUUAAUUUUGUACUUAUAAUUUAAUUUAUUUUUUUUAAAAGAGGCUUAUUCUUGUCUGUUGUGCAUGAGAUAACCAUUAUCUUUUCAAUAAUAUACAAGGAAAUUUUAUGAAGACAAGCAAAAAAAAAAAUAACAAUAAGAAAAAGAAAUUAUUGUCAUGACAUUCUAAGAAUGACCCAUUGUAAAUUUUAAUGCCAUUUUUCACUGUAUUGGUGAACAAAACUCAAUGAAUAAAUACAUACAUAUAUUGAAAUGGAA